UUCUAACCUCUUAAGUCCUAAUUCGCGCCUCCACCCACACUUACAAUUAACGUUCUCCCCUCUUCUCCUCUCUGACCCACCCCUGCGCCACCCCGCCGCUCGCCGUCGCGCCGCCCUGUGCGCUUGGAGCAGUCGCGCCGCCUUAACAACUAAAGCCAUGAUUACUACAAAUUCUAGUUCUACAUCUUCUUCCACCACAUCCCCUGUGGGAAGAGGAAGAGGAGGAGGAGGAGAAAGACGAUGAUGAGUGAAAAGGGCUACUAACAUUUUAUUGUGUUUUAUUAAGUAUUAUCUAUUAAGACUGUUUUAUUUGCUAUUUGGAACUUUGUUAUGAUGAAUUAGUAGUGUUUUACUUAUAUUCUUGGUGAAUUAUGAAUUUAUAAUAUAUAUAAAAUAUAUUUAAAAAAAAAACUAAAAUGUAUUUUUGACGUAUCGUAUCUUGAUUUUUGGAAAAAUGACGUAUGUACGUCCCCGUACCAUAUCGUAUCCGUAUUACGUAUCCGUUCCCAUGCUUCUUAGCUUAUAUCAAGCUGAUACAAAUAUACUUAUGAUAUUCUUUUCCCUUUUAACACAUUCGUUCAUUUGUCUAGUCUAUUUUUUCCCCUUUUCGCUCAUUCUCUUUCCCAAAAUCAUGGAAAUUACGUUCUUUUUAAAAAGAUUGCUUGCUCUUCAUGGUGGCUCAAAAUGGUUUUGUUCUUAUUUAAAAAAUUGUUAGUGCUCAUAUAGUGCUUUUUCAUAUUUAUUUUUGUGAUUCUCUGUAUACCUGUUGCUAGUUACUAAUGCAACUAUUACUUAAAAAGGAGGGGACCACAAUUUAACUAGUAAAGCCAGGAAGGCUCAAGUGUACCUUGAUCUACCACGAGCCAUGUCGCUCAGGUGUAUUCAUCACCUUUAUACAGAAACAUGAGUGGUGCUGAUGCUCCAGAUUCAUCAAUUGUUGAGAAGUUGAAGAAAUUCCUCACGAAGUAUGGGACUGAGCUUCUGAAACCCUAUGAUUUUCCAGAAGAGCUUAUGAAAAGACUUGAUAAAUUGGAGCAUCUUUUAUCAAAUACACUUCAAGGGCAUAAGAAACUGGUGGAGACUUUUCUUCAACCAUCUAAAGAAGCUCUGAUUACUGAUGAUCUUAUGAGGCAUUCUCAACUGGAUAUAAGAGUUUCAGUGGCCUCUUGUAUUAGUCAGAUCAUAAGAAUAACUGCACCUGAUGAACCAUAUGGGGAAGACCAUAUGAAGGAGUUUUUCCAGAUAGUUAAUAGUGCUUUUGAGAGAUUGCCUUGCAUGUACGGGAGAGUAUAUUCAAAAGCUGUGUCCAUCCUUCAUGCUAUGUCACUUAGUCAGUCAUGUGUGAUGAUGUUGGACCUCGGGUUGUAUGCCUCUGUUGGUCACAUGUUUCAUCUAUUCCUAGAUGGAAUUAGGACCAAACAUCCUUAUGAAGUUUUCACUAGUAUGGAGAAAAUUAUGACGUCGAUCAUUCAUAGCAAUGUGGAUAAUGAUGAGUUCUCAUUGGUGCUUGUCAAGAUCCUUCUUAAUAAUUUAAGAAGGGAGAAUCAGAAUGUUGCACCAGUUUCUUUCAAGCUGGCUGGAAACACAUUGAAGAAUUGCUCUGCUGACCUCAAAACAUAUGUUCCAGAAGCAGUAAGAUCUUUAGAUGUUCCAAUUGAGGAUUAUGCUGAAGUAGUUGUAUCACUUUUUCAGGAUGCAACCCAAAGGCAAAUUACGGACUUGAAAGAUAGUGUUGAAAAUGUUUCAUGUCCCGGGGAAGCUGGAUUAGCAGUGGAAGCCGAUUUAUGUAAUUUAAUUGAGGGAAAUGAAACUCAAAAUUUCAAAAAUGAUGAGAAUCACAAUGAAAAUCAAGGGAUGGUAUCUCAUUGUUUUGAUGAUCCUGAUAAAUUAGGCAAAGCAAUGCACAUGCAACAGGAACAGAAACCAGAAGAGUUGCGUUUUGAGAGAAAAAGAAUUCGAAGACCAAGUUCUUUAAGGAAAGCAGAGGAGGGCUAUGAUCCCUUCUGGAUGUUGGUUGAUUGGAGGUCGAUGAAGUCUCUUAAUAAAAAAAAUAAGAACAUUAAUUGUCCAUCAAAAUCCAAAAUCUCGAAGGAUUCAUCGUCCAAGCCUGCCGUUGUUGUGUCAGAUGAUCAAUCCACAGAUAUUGUUGUCAAGAUCUAAAACCAACAAGCUAACAUGAUUGCAUCAUGAUGGAAUACAGAGCCACUUUGAAAAAGGGGAAACUUCUGGGACGAAGGUAUCUUCUAUGAAGAAAGGCAAGAGAAAGACUAUUGUUUCUGAAGACCUAAAA